CAGCAUAUAGCUCCUCUAUUGUGGGUGAUUUUAUAUGGCGCCUCCGGUUUAUGGCACUUGAUUUAUUUCAUUAGGUUUAUUGGUCAUUCGAACGCUAAGUGUUGAGGAUAUUCAAAGGUUGUUCCACCCAUCUGACUGCACCGAUGACGAAAUCGGUAAUGAUAUAACUGGAAAAUGAGCUAAUUGCCAUCAAAACAGGCGAGUUUAUUUCCAUGUGCUCUUGGAUAUUCGUUUUAGGGAGGAAAUGAUUUGUAAAUGAAAUGAUGAUUUGUAAUCUAAUGUUAUGAUCCAAUUUAUUGCUUAAUUAGAUGCAGCGAAUACGGGAAAAUACAUUAUACGCUUUAAAGUUAGUCAAAGCUGCCACGUUCAAGUCAACACCAUAUACAGUCUAAACCUUCUCCCAUCAGAAGAUGUUAGUCUAAACCAACUGCUUGUAGACAAUUCCUAUGAUUAUCAGCGACCGGCCAGACCAAACGUAGCCAGACUUGGCAUACUUUUGCAAUGGGAGUACUCCGUCCACAAACAGCAGCCAUUCCAUAUCAGCUGGCACAACUGGGCCAUAAAUCAGUAUGAGUAUAUAGCCUGGCAAUCCGCUGAGAGAGCCGUGCUAUGUAGUGGGGAAUCGAGAGAUCGUGCUUAUCGGCGGGUAUUAUGCCAAAAGCCCGAUAAUGUUCUCCAACGGAGCGCAGAGGCAAAAGCAACGCAAAUAUAUUCAUUGAGAGGAACAAUAAAAUUUUAUUGGCCAAAAAUCGAACCAGAUUGUGGAGCGGGUCGACACAAAAACAAAUAAACAAACAAUCGAGCACCUAAAGACCUGUUUUGGCUCUUUUGGGGUGGUUUUUGAAGGUUGUGUUCUGGUUGUGUAUUAAAAUGCCCCCCAAGCCAGUUUUAGGCUCAGUCUUCUUAAGCCAAGAUGCGGAUGCAAAACUAUCUCAACUAUAUUUUUAUCGCAGUGAUUGGCUUCACGUCUUGCAAGUCAGAAAAGCUCGAGGAAAUUGCAAUUGACAGUGUGGAUUGCCGCGAAAAUACGUGCACGAACUUGAAAUACCCUUCGGCGGCAGAAGUUGCCUACUUCUCGGAAAAGGUGACUAAACAUUUGAGGAACUACGAAGCUCUGAUUCUUCAUAGUUCCCAUUUGGCCAAUUUGCCGAGAAAACUCUUUUUGAACCUUCCUCAACUUGUGGAAUUCCAUGUAUUGGAGUGCGAGCUUCAACAAAUAGAAAGAGCAUGUUUUGAGGGUGCCAAAAAUUUAAGAACAUUGAAUUUUGGUGGAAAUGCCCUCCGAGACUUGGAUAGCAACACAUUUGAAUUGGCCACCCAACUGGAGGAACUCAACUUAUCAGACAACCAACUGGAGGAUCUGCCCACCACCAUAUUUCGGCCCCUGAAGAACCUUCAAAGGAUCAACUUAUCCAACAAUCGCCUAAUGACUUUAUCCCAGCACAUCUUCUCACAACUGGGAUCUCUGAAUUCCAUAAAUCUGGACAGUAAUCAGCUGAGGGGACUGCCUGGCGAACUUUUUAGAGAUCAGCGAAAACAUUUGUCGGAAUUCUCAGCCAGAAAUAAUCAACUAGAGCUGAUUCCUUGGAAUAUAUUUAAUGAUAUUGAUCAUCUCUCGCUCUCGUUUAAUCCGCAACUGAGAAAUCUCCAUCUAUCAGCUGAAAUCAAUGAGCUGGAGGCCACCAAUUGUGGUCUCGAGUCAGUGAAGUUGGAUGGACGAGUGGUUGGUGUCCAACUGGAGACUAACCUAAAUCUGAAUGAGUUGAAGAUUUCCCAGCCGCAGGAUCUGGAGCAUCUCUACUUGGCCAAUACCAAUCUGUAUAAACUUGACUUUCUGUCACAGGCCAGUAAGCUAGUUGACUUGGAUGUAACGGGCAUUGUGAAUCUCGCUGACUUGCCAAAAAUUACCUCAGCCAACGGAUUGGAAAGAUUGAGCUUUACCUACGACAACUUGACUUCGGAUCACAUGGACAUGCUGCCCCAUCUGAAGGACCUCAACUACUUGGAGAUAAGCCACGAGGAGGGAAGGGAGAUCUUUAUUAAGGAUCUGGAUGAGGACUUCUUUGUCGGGGAAGCGGAGCUCAAUUGCGGUCAGUUGGCGGAUCUGUUGGCGUUCGAACUGCCUAAGGAUACAACCAUCUUGGAAGAUCGAUUAGUUGGAGAUCCUCGAGGGCCAAUUCGAUGUGGAAUGUCGUAGGGCAUAAUCUUUUAAAAGGGAAAUAUUUGUAUAUGCGUAGUUAAUUAUUCCAAUGAGAAAACAAUUUAAAACUUAGUAAAUCUUUUAUAAAAGGAAAAUUGUUUACUAAUUUAUACACUAAGCCAAACAGAUAGCAUUUAUUUGCCUCCCCUUUGUUUGUCUUAUUUUUUCAUUCAAUUACAACCACUACUUUAGGGCCAACAGAACAAGUACUUAUAAUUCAUCUUCAUUAAAAUUAAUUAAAAAGUGUAAAUUCUGCAUACUGUUUGCAAAUCAUUAGUCAGCGCCUUACAAAAAGAGAUAUUUUUGCUUCAUCUUUUACGCCUGUCUGUACAAUUGUUUUCGGUUUGCAAACAUUGCAACCAUUUUUUAAGAACGAUUUGUCAAUUCACAGACACUUGUGAUCGCUGAUCUUUGCGUUUUUUGCUGAAUCCACGCUGAUUGGUGUCAGUGGAGCGCAGUGGAGAUCUUGUCAUCUGCGAUCAGCGGUCAGCGAUCAUCGAUUAG